AUGACCCAGGCCGUCAAGAGGGCGUGCGAUGCCUGCCAUCGCCGAAAAGUCAAGUGCGACGGCAUCAACCCGUGCCGCAACUGCUCCUCCGCCGGGCUGUCCUGCACCUACAACGCCGUCCCCCAGAAGAAGGGCCCCAAGGGAUCGCGGGCCAAGGUCAUCAGCGAGCUGCGCGAGACCCAGCGACAGACGAGCCUUUCCGCCAGGGUGCAGAGCCGCAUGAAUGGCGUUCCCACCGCGCCCGCAAACAUGAGCCUGGUCCCGAGCCCGGGCUUGUUGACCAGCGACUUUGUCAAGGAGUGCUCGCAGUAUUUCUUCGAGCACAUGAACGCACAGGCCCCCAUUCUGGACCGGAGGCAAAUCGAGGAGGAGAUUCUCUACAUGGAGCAGAACCGAGAUGCCUACUGCUUGAUGUCUUCCAUGUGCGCCUUUGUCAUGCUGCAGCCUGGCAUGACCAUGCCUGCCGGCGACCCGUACAACCUCGACAUGGUUCCCGGAGCAAACAUCGUCUCCAGCCAGCUUCUUUUGGAAGAGACGCUCAUGGUUCGCAAGGGAUACGAGUACCUGGACCAGAUCACGGUCAAUGCAUUGGCCACCAACUUCUUCCUCUUUGGGUGCUACUACGGGCAGCACAUGCAUGACAGGGCAUGGUACUACCUUCGCGAGGCCACCACCAUGAUCCAGGUGAAUGGCAUGGACAAGGAGGAGUUUUACCUGCAAUAUGACAUUGCUGAAGCCUCUCGUCUCCGCCGACUUUACUGGCUGUUUUACGUUGUUGAGAGAGCGUAUGCUAUCCGAGACCAGCGUCCCUUGACUCUCCAGGCGACUAUCAAACUCCCCACUCUUGGAGAUGAUCCCACCGAUCCUCUCUCCCAUCAGCUCAACGGCUUCAUCCUGCUCAUCAACCUCUUCAGACCUUUUGAUGAUGCCUUUACAACCAACUGGAACAAGACCCGGAGCCUUCUCUCCCCUCAGUACAUCAGUGGCCUGCAGAGGCAGCUCAGCGAAGUUGUUCAAGCCGCCUUCCAUGACCCCGCAUGGAACGACAUCGGCACUAACCAGCAGUGGCUCAAGAACACUGUAUGGCAGCUGAGCAACGGCGGAGGAGUCGUCGCUCCCGAGGGAGGCAUAACCUUUCAGCUCCCCGUGGACGUAUCUAGAGAGAUGCUCAUGAACAUGGCCUCGCAGUUCCCUGGCCAGGGUAUGGAGUUGCUAAACUCUGGACUGCUCGAGAAGCUCGUCGAGGGCACCUACUCGAUGACUGAGUAUCUGGCUAUGCAGCCAGCGUCUCGCGACCCCUUUGCAAUUGGACCUCAGGAGCACCUCACCCAAAUCAUCAACAUUGUUGCAGCCUCCAGAAGCGGCGACUACCGCUUCCUUCCCCUUCUCAUGAGCAAGGUUAGCGAUGUGCUUCCGCGCCUUGCGAACCCAAUGCUGCAGAACGCCCCCGAGACGGCGGCCGCGGCCAUGGCCAAUGUCGACAUCUUUGACGGAUUUGGCAACGCCGGCAUGGCCCAGCCUGCGCAGCUGCAGAUGAUGAACAACGAGUUCGACCGCAAGUUUUCCGUCGAAGAGUACGAAAAGAAGUAUGCCCUGGAUAUGACUGGAAACACUCCAGAUUCGCAUGCCACUUCCAACUCUAGCAACACGCCGCCUGUGGCUCGCCAGCCUUCCGAGAUUGCAAACUCUUUUGUCGGCUCUCCUCCCAUCAUGUCCCCCACUCUAGAAUAUCCUCAUGGUAUGAACGCCUAUGCUGUUACACCAAUGUCCGAAAUGGUCAUGAGUCCAAUGGGAGCCCACCCGCCUCCU